UGAAGUGUGACAGGGAGCGUCUACAUGGAGCCUAAGAUGAAGUUACAUUUAGGUUAACAUAUUUGAUUUAACCGCUGGUUAACUUUAGUGAGGAGGCCUGUUAGGGGGGACGUGUGAACUACAUGAUAUAUAGCCUAACAUUUCACUUGUGAGGACUCAUCCUUUCUGAUGAGAGAGCAGAGUAGCACGUGCAGCUUCCUAGUGUUCGGGACCGGGCCACCACGCCUCCUACCGUGACUUGUGACGGUGAUUGGUACGGCUCUUUGAUGAGCCAGAGCGCGGCGCGGCUUUGACAUCCCGCCGAUGUAGGACAGGACAUCACUGCGCUCAAGCCUCCGGUGAUCGUUAAACCGAAGGGAUUCACGAGUUCAGUCACCUGGGUUGAGGCUGGACUUGAAGACUCGGGAGUUCGAAACAAACUGACGUCAGCAGGCGAAGGCAGUCGGCUGUUGCCAUGGAAUCAGACGCCAGUCACAUGUUAGAGGCAGCCUUGGAGCAGAUGGAUGACAUCAUCGCUGGCUCCAAGGCGGCAGCAGAGUACUCUAACGGGCUGCUGGAGCUGGGCUCCCCGUCCUCGUGCGUCUCGGCGGGGCCCCUGCAGGUGCUGCAGCUGGCCGAGGAGCUGCGCCUGGCCCUGGAGCUGCAGGCCAGCCAGGAGGACAGGGCCAGCCUCCGGGCCCAGGUCUCCAGCACCACCGCCCACACGCUCCUGCUGUGGCUGGACAACGGAGAGGUUAACCUUCGGUCGCCAGGCAACAAUGAGACCUAUCAGGAACGAUUGGUUCGACUAGAGGGGGACAAGGAGUCUCUGGUACUUCAGGUGAGCGUGCUGACAGACCAGGUGGAGGCUCAGGGAGAGAAGAUCAGAGACCUGGAGACGUCUCUGGAGGAGCACCACCACAAGCUGCUCUCCACUGAGGAGAUGCUGCAACAGGAGCUUCUGAGCAGAACGUCGUUGGAGAGCCAGAAGCUGGACCUGAUGGACGAGGUGUCCUACCUGAAGCUGCAGCUGGUGAACGACGAGCAGAACAUCCAGCCUGCCUGCCACGUCAGCCACAACAAGGCAGAGUGCGUAGUGAACCUGAUUAGUGACCUCCAGGAGGAGAUGUGUAGGUUUCAGGAGGAGAUCAACACUCGCAUCCAGGAGAAGCGAGCCCUCGAGGAGGCUCAGGGGGAGAUGGCGGCCCGCCAGGCUCACGACCAGAGCCCCGACGUGGGCUUGGGGGGCUCGGACACGGGCCUGGGGGCCUGGGACCUGGACGACUGCUGCCGCUGUGGAGGAGAGCAUGGCUUGCUGCAGGAGCUCCGGCAGCUGAAGGGCAAAGUGGACGAGCUGGAGGGAGAGAAGACCCAGUACGAGAGGAAACUGAAGGCGACUAAGGCAGAAAUAUCCGACCUACAGCAGCUCCUGGCGUCCAAGGACACUGAGAUUCAGAGUUUACAGAGCCAGCUGCUGAGCAGGCCCUCGUCCAGCCAUGACACCUCAGACAAAGACCAAGAAUUCCAUAGGUUGAAAAUGGGGAUGGAAUCUUUGUUAGCAUCCAAUGAAGAGAAGGACCGCCACAUAGAGGAGCUGACGGUGCUCCUAGGCCAGUACAGGAAGAUGAAGGAGGUUCUGGCUCUGACCCAAGGGGGAGACAGAACCCUGGGGCUGGGGAUAGAGAGGACCCUGGCCCUGACCCAGGGCGGUGAGAGGACCCUGGCCCUGACCCAGGGGGUUGAGAGGACCCUGGCCCUGACCCAGGGGGAGGAGAGGGUCCUGGCCCUGACCCAGGGGGAGGAGAGGAUGCUGUCUGGCAGCAGCGAGGAGGAGCUGAGUAGGAGCCUCGUGCUGCGGGCACUCACACACAAGGCCCACUGUGACGUCAUCAGGACCGAGAUGUCCUCCCGAGGUUCGUCUCCUCUCUUCGUGUCUCCGCCCUCCUUCCAGAGAGAGCUGGAUUCCAGCUGUCGAAGUUUCCAGACCCCCGUGGAGAUGUCCCUAGUUUCCCCUGGAGAUGGAGGCUACCACAGCACAGCCUGGUCACAGCCACGGAUGCUGUCCAGCAGCUUAGAGGAGCUGCAGAGCGGCUCGUUACCAAAGCAUGAAGCUGAACCGGUCCAUCUCGUACCCGACUCUGAGAAUCUCCCCCAGGAGAUGAACAAGUACCAGACCCUCCCAGGGAAGCUGUCGCGACGGGAGGUGAACGGCCAGAGGGAGAAGUACUCGCCCGUCCAGCUGUCUCCUGUGGAGAGCGACGACAAUGACUACAACCUGAGGAGGCCAGAGGGUCUGGGUGAGGCGCUGCUGUCCGACCUGUCCCCUCUGUCUUCGGGGCUGGACUCUGGACAGCACUCCCCCGUCUCCCCGGAGAACAGGAAGAGCACCAGGGGCAUCAGGAAGCUGUGGGGGAAGAUCCGCCGUAGCCAAUCAGGAAGCAUGCAGGGGGAGGAGCCAGACAUGGGGGAGUUCCGAAGGGGCGGGUUCAGAGCGACAGCUGGCCCCAGAUUGGCCCGGGCCAAAGACGCGCUCUCCUUGCUGAGAGACCAGAAGACACCCUUCCCUAGAUGGACAACAGACCAGGUGUGUGAUUGGCUGUCAGAGUCUGGGCUCGGCCAAUACGUGCAGCUGGCUCGCCACUGGGUCACUAGCGGACAGACCCUCGUCUCCGCCACUCCUCAGGACCUGGAGAAGGAGCUGGGCAUCAAGAAUCCUCUCCACAGGAAGAAGGUGCAGCUGGCUGUCAAGUCUCUGAACUCCAGACAGUCUGAGAAGUCGUCUGAGUUGGACCACGUCUGGGUCACACGCUGGCUGGAUGACAUCGGCCUGCCCCAGUACAAGGACCAGUUCCACGAGAGCCGGGUGGACGGCAGGGUUCUGCAGUACCUCACCGUGAAUGACCUGCUGUUCCUGAAAGUCACCAGCCAGCUCCACCACCUCAGCAUCAAGUGUGCCAUACACGUCCUCCACGUCAACAAGUUCAACCCCCACUGCCUCAAGCGCAGACCGGGGGACGAGAACAAGACUUCCCCAUCGGAGGUGGUGCAGUGGUCCAACCACAGGGUGAUGGAGUGGCUGAGGUCUGUGGACCUGGCGGAGUACGCCCCCAACCUGAGGGGCAGCGGCGUGCACGGGGGGCUCAUUAUCCUGGAGCCUCGCUUCAACUCGGACACGCUGGCCAUGCUGCUGAACAUCCCGCCCCAGAAGACCCUGCUGAGGAGGCACCUGGGCACCAACUUCAGCUCCCUGGUGGGCUCCUCCGCCCAGCUGGAGAAGAGGGACUACCUGGAGGCCACCGGCCACAGCCCCCUCAGCACCACGGCCAAGGUCAAGCCUAAGAAGUUGGGGUUCUCGACAUUGAGGCGGCGGAAGGCGGAUGACUCCACCGACUACAUCUGUCCUCUGGAGAGCCAGGCCCAGGCCAACGGCUCCCAGCGGCCCUACGCAGGCUUCCGGGGCCUCAGCCCCAUCCUGGACCGUGACCCGGACAGGCGGGAGCAGGUGGGACACGACAACAGCUGAACCCGUCACACACCCCCACGGCGCCCAUGCUUCUCAUCAGCCAAUCAAGCCAUCUCUGCUUGCAGCCAAUAACAACCCCUCCUCCUCCUCAGCCACCCCUCGUACCCCCACCCCCCCCCCCCCCUCCCAGACCCCUCACCUUCUGUGGGUGCGCUUGAUUUAGCGUUUGACCGACCUACUCUACUUGGUGCCAUCAAUCUAAAAUAUCUCAAGUUAGCUAAAUCAAGCAAUCAAUCAAACUAAUAUACCUGAGGGUAUAAGAUGUUACUGGCUUGUUGAACAUCAAACCCAGCCACAACACCCUUCCCUAUGUGCCAUCAUCUAACCCCUUGCUACUGAACUGCAACACAAAGGACCCUGGGUAGAUGUGGGCUCAUGUAACUCCCACAAACCCCCACUGCAAUCCCAGUAUAGUUUAAUAGUUGUAGAGCCUACAUAUCCCAUAUUCCAUGUGGAUCUUGCACCUGGCCUCUGUAAUACAACCGUAUGAAUCAUACCACUGUUGUGAACAAUGUGCACCAAAGAAAUGUUUAUUUUAUUUAUUGAAGAUAUAGCAGUGUAACAAUCUUAGAUAUUCCCAACCAGUAGAAAAGUAUAAUAUUGUUUGUCAGACAUAUAUAUAUAUAUAUGCAUAUUGAUCUUAUGCAAUAUUUGCGUAUGGAGGGAUUUAUUUAAUAUAUAUAUAUAUUGAUCGAUCAACAAAAAAGCACAGAUAAUUGUCUAACUGUGCAUGUUUUGACAGAUUGUGAUUUUGCACUGUUAUUUUCAUAUUAAUUGACUGUUAUAGUAUUUUUUAUAAUCAAAGAUCAUGCUUCAAGAAAAGAAGCUCAAGUUGUCAUGUGACUGUACAUACCUUUAUUCAAAAACACCAAUAAAAAUCCUAAGUGUGA